GACCGCUCCUCAUCCUCCUCCUCCUCCACCGUCGCUCACCCCAAGCCCGCAGUGAAAGGCCGCCAGACCGCGACUUGCCCCUCACCGUUGACCGCUUUGCUGUGCGGCGGCGGGUGCAGGAGAGACGCGCAAGGGGCGCCGCGAGUGGAAGGAGACGGAGUGAGAAUUUGGCGGUGAUUGGUGGUGGGAGUGAGGAGGAUUGGAGAUUUGAAGAUGAACAUCGGGCACCAACAGUACCGCUACGAGGACUACAAGGUGACGGCCGACUGGUUGCUCUCGAAAACCAAACACCGGCCAAAGGUGGGGAUGGUGCUGGGCUCGGGCCUGGGCGGUCUUGCAGACAUGCUGGAGGACCAGCAGUCCUUCCCCUACUCCGACAUCCCCAACUUCCCGCAAAGCACGGUGGAGGGGCACGUGGGACGCCUCGUGUUCGGCCAGCUCAGCGGGAAGACGUGCGUGUGCAUGCAGGGGCGCUUCCACGCGUACGAGGGAUAUUCCAUGAGCAAGGUGACGUUCCCCAUACGCGUGUUCAAGCUGCUCGGCGUGGACACCAUGGUCGUCACCAACGCGGCCGGUGGCCUCAACAAGCAAUAUAAAGUGGGCGACAUCAUGAUCAUUCGCGACCACAUCAACCUGCCGGGCCUGGCCGGCAACAACCCCCUGCUGGGACCCAACAUCGAGAAGUUUGGGCCUCGGUUCCCGAGCGUCUCCGAUGCGUACGACCGCUCGUUGUGCGCGCUGGCGAAGAAGGUGGGUACCACGCUGGGCUUCGGCGAGUUCCUGCGCGAGGGCGUCUACGUGAUGAAUACCGGCCCGGCCUUCGAGUCCAUCGCCGAGUGCCGCAUGAUGGUCAUCCUGGGCGCCGACGCCGUGGGCAUGAGCACGGUGCCAGAGGUGCUGAUCGCGAAGCACUGUGGCCUCCGCGUGCUCGGCAUCUCGCUCAUCACCAACGAAGCCAUCUUGGACUACGAGACCGAGAAGACGGCCAACCACGCCGAGGUGCUGGAGACGGGCCGCAUGCGCGCUGCCGCACUGCAGAAGCUCGUCGCCGAGGUGCUGAGCAACGUGUAGCAUCAGGAGCCCGGCCGGUGACGGAGCUCCUGUUGUCUGCGGCGAUGCGGGGGGGGGGGGGGGGAUGAGUGUCACGGAUCCUAUUGUCCGCAAAUUUUAUGUUCUGUAAAUAAUGGCACGUAAAUGUGGGUGACGAUGGGGCCGCCAAUAAUAGGAGUUCUCAUGGACCCUAUGGAUGACAGAAGUCGUGGGUGAGAGGAAUCCUACUUAAGUAAACAAGUUUGUUGAUAUUUCAACAAAAAUAUUUGGAUUGACCACUUAACAAGCGAUACAUGUGAUGAAGUACAAUGCCUAGUCACCGAGUCUAAAAUUGCACGAGCACUUUUUACAAAAUUGCAGGUAAACUUCCAAUGGAAAUUUGGAUUUAAAAAAAAACACUGCUGAGUACGUGAUGUAAGCCAGCACAACGUGUACACUCCCAGAGAAUGGUUAAAUUACCGAAUGUGUGCAGCAUACCCCUGGCUCCAGGGGUGAAAACUCCGCUCGGUGCCCUCAGUGCGAGGCUCCAAUCAACCUGGGUGGCACAGGGUGUCAGUGCGGUGGCAGCACUCGUCGCGCCUCACAGCAACAAGGGCGGCCCGAGUUGAAUUCCCAACUCGGCUGUCUGUCUGUGUUGGCGUUUGUUCUCCCCCUGUUCUGCAUGGGUCUCCUCCGGGUUCUGCAGUUUCUUUCAUGACCGAAGCCCACACGCGAUGUAACUGGCAUUGGCCAACAUCCCCAGUGCUGAUAUAUGCCCUCCAAAUGACUCAUUCGGAAUGGAAACACAGCAUCAACAUCGCUCCUUUCGUGAGAAACUUGGCCAAGACCCUUCUGAAGAAGUGUCUUGAGCCUCGGCGACGCUUUCCUGGGUGAACAGGCAUCAUUAUAAUUGGAAAAAAUCAUUCCACGCCGCAUGAGUGUGGCAUCUCCAGUGCACACUUCCAGUAGUGUGACAGCCCACGUGACGUUUCUUGUUGUGUUGCUUCUGAUGAGCAUGUCGCCAUGAUCGGCGUCGUGCGGUAAACGUUGGGUGAAAGUUGUUACAGAACAAAAAACAAAAAACUUGAUGUUAACAUUUCAAAAGGGUUGCAACAGCUAUCGUUAGUGCUGUCAUGAAAUUCUGUAGGGUUGUGUAGUCAAAGUGAAUGUAAUAUGUAACUAAUCUCUGACCACAAACUAUAUAUAUUUUAAAAUGCUUCAACGUAUGUAGUAGUGAAUGAAUAUGUACAGCUUCUGAAUAUUAGAAACACCACAAAACGCUGUAUUUUGACAACUUAUAUACGGCCUGAAUUACUAAAUGGGGACACAGGGGAAAACACCAGGGGGUCAAUGCAAGAAAGAGAUUAAAUGUUCCCGAAGUAGACGGAAGCCAUAGGUUAGGGCUGGAGAGUGGUGAAUGGCUGGAGAGCUGUAAAUGGCUGGAUAUUGGAAAUCACCUUUCCGCAUUAUUUGGCCUAAAACAUCCAAGAAUUGCAAGAUGUGAUUGACCAUUUGAAUUUAGUUGCAUGGACUGCAAAGAUGCGGUGCCAGUUUUUGCUUGCGGGCUUAAGGUCCCCAGCAUCUCAUGAGACAUGCAUCUAAUGGGGUGUACACAAAUACAUGAUUGACAUUUUAUGAAUAUUCAUGGGAAUUAUUAACGUAGGCUAAUGGAGUGCAUAAGACUGUACAAAAAAAGAUGGGACAUGAGACACAGGAUACAAACAACAUGAAAAUAAUUGAUUCUUGGAUCGCAAGCCUGAAUCAUUCCCAUUCUAUUGAACGGUGGGAGGGAAGGUGGAGGGUUUUUUACGGCCUCAAUAUUCGUGUCGUCAACCCACCUCGAGUAGUCACUCGGGUACGUGACAUUUGGAACCAAUUUUAACUUGCAUUGAAACUCAAUUAGAACACGUUUCUUGCUUUUUAUUUCGCACCAGCGCUGUGAUUGUGAGCAACUCUUGAUACUUUAAGGUGGGAAAAAGUUUUAAGUCCGAAGAAAACGUGUCCUAAAAAUAGGUUUGGACGACCUUUAUUGGUUGAGAAAUGAAUUGUUUAUUUUUUUAAUGGUAAAGUUAUUGAUGCCACGACUACGAGAGGCUGGGUCGGUAACACCUGUGCGGAGUGCUCUCGGAUCCCGGCUGCGUUGUUGUUGUUGUCCGGCAAGGCGUCUUGACGUUUCGCUUCACAUGCCGGGAGCAGCCGCUCCCUCUUCUUCUUCUUCUUCACACGAAGCCAGGGAGCUAGCGUCACGCCGGACGUGUGCGGUAACAACCAGUAAACUCAUCCGGAGAGCUGUCCAGCACCACCGUGAACACCUACGCAGUGGGGUUAAUGACAUUUCCGCAAUCCCUCAACUGGACCCCCGGCCACGAGCCGACUCCACCCGGGUGAUCUCAGGGGCUUUGACUGGGUCUUGUGCGUGGGCUCUUUCACCAAACGCUGCGGGUGUUUAUAUACACAUUGCCAUGGAGAAAGACGCUCUACCAUGUAAAGACCUGACCUGACCUGCUGGAUAAACAACACCAUUGGAUGCAGUCUUUCCUGUGACAUUAUAAUUUCCUCAGAAUGGUCACUAUCCGCUGCUGUGUUCAAACUGUACAAUAGCAAAGGGAUAUUUAAGUCAAACUUUGAGCCAAGGGUCUAUUAAAAUGAGUUUCAGGAUACUACAAAGACCUAUUAGUUUAAACGUGGUUUUUAAAUCUCUCGGCCUUACACGGCCGAGCCAUUUGGCAUUCCCCUCAACCACUCCUUGGUGGGUCGAUCACGAACAGCGGGGCUUCAAAACUUCCUCUAGAAAUGCCCAGUUGUGCUUGAAUUUAAAGCGGUUGUAUUUCCCACGGUAAAUAUUUCAUUUCGGUUGCGGGGAUUAGUACGAUAGAUUUUCUAAAAUAGAACAAUAUUGAUAGAAUUACAUUGCUUGGAAAUCACUAUUACAUGUAAGGCAAACAGUUGGAUCCCUGACAGUAACACUUAAUUUUUGUCGAGAUAUUGAGAAAAUCUAAGCUGCGUCUGUCACUGCUGCUACGGUUAGCAUCUUUAAGUUGGAUCUCAAAUAUCACAUUCUCGACUUAUUUCCUGAUAACCUUUCUGACAUGAAUUUGUUCAUGAAGAAAUUAAUACUCGCAUGUUAGCAUUUUGAGAGGACCAUUUUCAAGGCGAUUUAUUUAUAAUUUCAAAACAUCCUGCAAUAAUUUUGUACAAGGCAUGAUCUCACCUCUGGAUGUUUAUUGUUGCCAUGGGUAACCUGUCAAGGAAACUGUGCUGCAGUGACCAGAAUAACUACACCCUUUUAUAGCCAUUCUGUAUAAACACACGGAGAAAAAAUAAAUUGAAGGACAUUUAAAUGCGCCAAAUGCUGUUUACUUGUGACAAGAAAUGUGGCUGAUAGUCAAGGAAGCUAAACUCAUUCUAGAUUUGAAGUUUUCGUGACUGCAAGGAUCCAUAAUCUUUGGUUCUUUUGGUAAAGUCACGUAGGUAAAAAUAAAAUAAAACAAAAAUGAAAACAACUAAAUUAAAUCACAACGUUUCGGGUGCAACACAAGCGCCCGUCACUGCAGAUUUCUUGCCCAGUUCAGCAGUUGAUUCUAACUGUUGUGUCCCACUUGGUGACGGGCGCUUGUGUUGUGCCCAAAACGUCGUGAUUUAAUUUAGUGACUUUACUGAAAGAACUUAACAUUAUGCUAAACUCAGCUUGUCUUUCAGAGCUGAAGCAUCCCAUACCCUGUAUAAUACAUCGGUGGUGGACAAACCGAUUGCAAGGGAAGUACAGAUUGGCUGUUGGCGUUUUAUUUCUGAGUGCAGUAUCAUUGGCCACAUUAAUUCACGACGGUCGAUCAUCCAGGUGAGAGUUAAUUCAUUUUUAAUGUUUUACGGAACAUAACACCGGAAUAUAAAAUAUGAUUAGUGUGGUUAAAGUACUCAAAGUUAUUCUAUCGAUAUGAAUGCUGUCAAUGUACCAUUCCCAAAGUGUUUUGGCCACCUUCCAUUCCAUGUGGAGGUUCUGUUUGCUCGUUGUAACAUUCAAAUCAUCAAAACGUCUUAAGACCAUGAACCAAAUGCACUUUGUGUUUUUUCCGUUAAUUCGUUUAAUGUUAAGUGGUAGUGUUUAGUUUUAAGAUGUCUCUUUUAUUGUCUUAAUUUUAUCGAUGUUAUAUUGUGGGAUCGUAAGAGAUGGUGGAGGGUUGAGGGGAGGCAUUCAUUCCGUAGUAGCUUGACCAAGAUUGAUGAUUAAUAUUGAUGUCAAAUUACAUCUUAAGUUUAUUUUAGAAUCGUUCUAUUAUUAACAUUAUUGUUUAGAAACGUAGUACAGCAUGAUUGGAGAAGUAUAUCAUUUGGUUCUGCUUACUUAUCUAACCUCGACACUUGUGUGAGACGCGAGAGUGUUACUCGCGCACCAACUUGGCUCCAUUGCGGUGAAGGGAGGGUGCAGUCUUUCGGUCCUAAAUCCCUAAAAGUAACCUUUGAAUAACCCGUGAAAUAUUCAGGCAUCAAUUGCAUCGGACGCUUCGAAGCCAGUGGUUCCCAACCAAAUCUUUGCGGAGCACCAUGCACCAACACACAUUUUUUUUCUAAAUUAAAAAUUGCAGCAUCCGUGACCGCGUCACCGAGACCACUUCCCGUUGGCCUUGCGGACCACAGCUGGGGGAAGCGGUGAUCUCAACACAGUGAGGACAUCGCUGAAUGCACCCUCCUUGGCUUCAAGUGGAGCCACGUGGAAAGUCGACGGUAGCUCCAGAAAGUUCAUCCAAGCUGCCGUACUGUGUUGGUUAUGCUCCAGUUGUGUCUCGUAUUGCACACCGUUUGUGUUUAAACCAAAGUUAUCUCCCUCUGCAUUUUGUCGUUAUAAAGUCCAAUUAAAGUGACUAAAAUGCUUGUUGAAAUGUUUUGUUAUAUUUUUUUACGUUGUGAGUGGAAUUCGCCAUAUUGCUAGAUGUUGAGGGCAGGUACACUUCUUUACUAUCUGCACCCAUGCUGCUCUGUCAACUCCCGAUACCGCGAGCCUUCUGCUUCAGACCAUUGGUGGCACAUGCCGGCUUUCACCAGUCGCACAUUGUUAAAUGUGUCUAAGGGAACUUGGAUUUUUAUAAAAGUGUAAGGUUAUUAAAACAUCAUUUCAAGAAGUGGGCCCGGUGGCUCAAGAGGUACGCAUGCUGAGCUGGCACUGCUGAGAUCCGAGGUUCUUCUCUGGGCAGCUGCUUGCGAUUGAUUCGGGUGGAAGGGUUGACACAGUGGUAACGCUCGUUGUGCCUCAUGGCAAGAAGCACCUGGGUUCAAUUCCCGCCUCGGGCGCCUUUCUGAGUUGAGUUUUUUAUGUCCUCCCCCUGUUCUGCAUGGGUUUCCUCUGGGGUUUCCAGUUUCCUCCCAUAGCUAAAAAAAACACAGCGUAACUGGUAGGCCUCAAGACGUUUUUUUGCAGUAGGUGCUGAUGUUGCUGUGUGUAACCCCAAUUGAGUAAUUUGCAUGUAAUGUUUCAGCAUUAUGAUGUUUUGACUAAUAAAGUUGCAUUGUAUGUCUAUGAUCGUCAUCUAUGGGAGGAAACCAGAGAACACAGAGCACAUCCAAUGCAAGACAGGGAGAACCUACACACUCCUCAGAGGUAGGCGCCCGAGUUGGGAAUCGAACCCGGUGGAAACUGCAACAUGUUUCCAAAAUGGGGUUUCGAGACUGCAUGGCUGCAUUGUGAAAAUCGUGUGAGGGCAAGGUCCUGGGAAACCGGGGAUGGAAUAUUCUGCAGCGGGUAGCUAUGAUGGAGAUGUUGUACCUUCAGACAUUACGCAACUCCAGAGGCACAAGAAGACGACAAUCCACAUUCCCUGUUUGCUUUCAGUAAAUGCAGAGUUUUUAAUGCAAGCUUUGGUAUGUUUGUAUUUGUAUUACAAUGGAAACCUGCCUCCUAUGUUUUCCGUUUUUGCGGUCAGGAAACAAUACAAUUGUAACACACAAUGCCUUCCUGACAUUACCGUGUAAUGUACGUUUAAUAAAAUGCCAUGAAAACUCA